CCGCCGACCCCCUUCGCUCGUGCCCGCGCCUGCUGCGCCCCCUCCGGCCGCCCUCUCCAAGCCCAGCGCACAAACGCAGGCUGGGCUGCGGGCGCGCGAUGCAGUGGUUCCCGGGGGCCCGGAGCCCGAGAGUCCCCGGGGAGCGCGACCCAGGGCAGCAGCCUGGGGACGCCGGGGCGGGGGCGUAGGCACCGCCCGCCCGUGAUGGACCGCGCCGCGGAAGACCCUGACUCGCCGCCACAGGUGUCCACUUCGGAGGGCUCCUGACCCUGCCCUGCAGAACCACCCGUCAGACUCCUCGGCCAGGAUUCUCCAGCCCUGCUUCCGCAAUGGGUAAUGAGGAGCUGUGGGUGCAGCCAGCCUUGGAGAUGCCGAAACGACGGGACAUCCUCGCAAUCGUCCUCAUCGUGCUGCCCUGGACGCUUCUCAUCACCGUGUGGCACCAGACCACCCUUGCGCCCCUGCUCGCCGUGCACAGGGAUGAGGCCGGCGACCCGAGGCGAGAGGCACCUGUGGGCGCAGACCCCAGGGAGUACUGCAUGUCUGACCGUGACAUUGUGGAGGUUGUGCGCACGGAGUAUGUGUACACGAGGCCGCCACCAUGGUCUGACACGCUGCCGACCAUCCACGUGGUGACACCCACCUACAGCCGGCCAGUGCAGAAAGCUGAGCUCACACGCAUGGCCAACACGCUGCUGCACGUGCCCAACCUGCACUGGCUGGUGGUGGAGGACGCGCCGCGCCGCACGCCACUGACUGCACGCCUGCUACGCGACACGGGCCUCAACUACACGCACCUACACGUGGAGACGCCCCGCAACUACAAGCUGCGUGGUGACGCCCGAGACCCACGCAUCCCGCGGGGCACCAUGCAGCGCAACCUGGCCCUGCGCUGGCUGCGGGAGACCUUCCCACGGAACUCCACGCAGCCUGGGGUGGUAUAUUUUGCAGAUGAUGACAACACCUAUAGCCUGGAGCUCUUCGAGGAGAUGCGCAGCACCAGAAGGGUGUCCGUGUGGCCCGUUGCUUUUGUUGGUGGCCUUCGCUACGAGGCCCCCCGGGUGAACGGGGCAGGGAAGGUGGUUGGCUGGAAGACAGUGUUCGACCCGCAUAGACCUUUUGCAAUUGACAUGGCUGGAUUUGCGGUCAACCUGCGGCUCAUCCUGCAGCGAAGCCAGGCCUACUUCAAACUGCGUGGCGUGAAGGGAGGCUACCAGGAAAGUAGCCUGCUUCGAGAACUCGUCACCCUCAAUGACCUGGAGCCCAAGGCAGCCAACUGCACCAAGAUCCUGGUCUGGCACACACGCACAGAAAAGCCAGUGCUUGUGAACGAGGGGAAGAAGGGCUUCACUGACCCCUCGGUGGAGAUCUGAGCCUCAGGAUACAGGGGCCUCCUCCUCAGCCUCAGACCCUGUUCUCCGCCUCCGUCCUCUCCCCACAGCUGCUGGACCUCGAUGGCAGACUCCUGAGGAAGCACCAUCACCUCCUUGAUAUUCCAGGGACCUCUCGGAGAGCCCAGCCUGAUGCCAGGACAAAAGACAGAGAAUUUAAGCACAGAACCCCCAGACCUGUUCUCUCCAUCCGACACGACCCAGGACUUGAGAGACCAUGGCUGGGGAUGCAGCUGCAAGCAGCGCUGGCAUCCAGCACACUCUCGAUUAGCUCCCCAUACUGACAGGUCCUGGGCAGCCCUGUGGGACUGGAGGGAGGAGGGAAGACCACAGCCAAGGGGAUGCUGCCCUCGCUGCGUCCAGGCCUCUCCACGACCACAGAGGCUGAGCAGCCAGGGGGUACGAAGAGCAGCCCCGGGGCACCACCUGUGCCCACACCCAUCCUUGGCACCUCUUCCUGAGCCCUGCUCCCAAAUCAGACAUACCUCUGGCUCUUCUGGUCCAUGUUUACAGAGCAGCAGGCGGUCUUCGAUCCCACUGGCAGCCAGCUCUGCAUGGGGAGCUUGGGCCUGCCGGAAGUCCCCCGCCUGUACCUCAGGCUGCGACGGGAGUGGAACCCCUUCCUCUUGCCCACUUCCCUCAAGCCUUCUCCUCCAGUACUGGCAAGGAGGUGGCCCAGAGCCAGCACAGGUCACUGCCGACCUGCACCCAGAACCACACGACCCCACUGUCCACACACUGCCUCCCACAAAUCUGGACUGAGAAGCUGCUUGCCUGGCCAGGACCCAGAAGGGGGAGAGCUCCACUUCCUGGAGCUUCGACCCUUCAGACCUCAGGGCUGGAGUGAGCAGCAGUGGGCAGGCAAGAGCUCCUUGGGCCAGAAAGCAGAGGAAGGCGAGAGCAGCCCUCAGGUCCUCCGGGCCCCGCCGUGGUGUGUGGGUGUAAGCGGGAAUGGCGGCAGGAUUGAAGAAAAGCGGGCAGGUUUCUGGCGAACAUUGAGAGGAGCCCAGAGCACACAUUGCUUUGAAAUCAUUCUAUAUUUUAAAAAAAUAGGAAAGAAAAUCUCACUUCUCCUUAAGCUGGGAACGUGCAGAGCCAGCCUGCCUCACGCCCAGCUGCCCUCUCCCCCACCCCACCCCGUGAGAACAGUGUGCAGCGAGCAGCUGCGCCCACUGGGCGGCGCUAGACGGUCCGGGCCUGUGGCCCAGCAGGCCCUGUGGUGUGAUCUAGCGCAUGCUCCUGCAGGGUUGGAAGCACAAUUUUUCUCCUAAGUGGAGGAAAAGGAAAGGGCGCAAACCCCCUGAAGAGGUGUUUAUUUUUCAACUGCUAACAGCCCCUACUCCAUUAAAACUCACAGGACAGGUUUGCAGGCCGCUGAGACCAUCCUGGGUGGACAAUGGGAAUCAGGCCAGAGACCAAAUAUUCAGAGCGUAAUACUGGUCGCUCAUCUGGAAGUGGACUUCAAGGUCCACCGUGCUCACCAGCUCGCCUGCUGGAGUCAGAUCCAGAGCCACCUCGCAGGACAUCUUCCCCAGCCUCUACCCUUGGAAACAGACCACUUGGCACCAAGUAAGGGGGCACAGGAGAGGGAGCAGGUGGGCACAGGGUAGCCACCAGUGAGUGAAUUUACAUCUGAGCACUCUGCACCUCACUCCUGGAGACUGUCCCUGAACACCACAGUCAGAGUGGCUGGCCUGAGACCAUCUUCUUAGCCAAAACCCAGGUCUCAUUUUCAGGAAAUUGACAGUGAAUGACAAAAUGGGAAUUUUUUUUUUUUCCCAGAUGCUAGUUUGGUUGUUUUUCCCUAAUGUCCUCUCUCUUAGCUGCAUGUAUAUUUAUUUAUAAUUAUAACCCCGGUGGAGUGCAGCCUUCUCUUUGUUGGGAUGAGAUUGUUAUAAAUUAGAACUGGCCCACAACAGCCACCUGUUCUCCAGACCCAGGCCCCUCCCUGCCCCCGUCUGGCAAGCCCGCCCCAAAGUGAGGCCAGGUUAGGGUUCUGACGGCAGAGGCUGGGGUAGUGAGGAGCCAGGCAGCUGCAUCUUCUGCUCCGUUUUCAUUUAACUGUAAUUUGUUUUCAAAAUUAAAAGUCAAAUAUGA